AAUAACCCUGGUUCCAUAUAACAGGACAAAGAGAGACAGAAUUGGAACGCACAACCAGGAAGUCAGGUGGAACGCACAACCAGGAAGUGUGGUGGAACGCACAACCAGGAAGUGAAACUUUAGCAAGCCGGAAAUAGAUUUUUUUUUCUUUAAUAUAAUUGGACGUCCUCUUUUCAUGUUACAUAUGGCUCAUAGACACGAAGCUGCUUCAUCUCUGACUUAUUCUCAUCCACAGCAGUGCUCUUCACAGUGGCGGGGAAGGAUCUCCGUAGUCCUUGCUGCGUGUGUGAUGUCCUCAUAGAACAAGGGUAGAAGGCCAUAUUGGACAAUCAGACCACAUGCUACACUGAGACCCUCUCUAUGCGCUGAGGAUGGACAAGGACCGGGGUCACAUGACUGAGCGGAUAAUAAGCCUCACCUUGGAGAUCAUCUGCCUGCUGACCGGGGAGGAUUGUACAGUAAUUACUAAAUCUGGUGAGCUUGUGAAGACUAGUAGCCGCCCCCAUGUAGCAGAAAGAGGACUGGGCAGGACCCAGAGCCCCAUCACGGUGCCUCCACCUCACUCUCUGAAACAUGAGAGGCACAAUGACCAGAAAAUCCUGGAACACACGAACAAGAUCAUCCAGCUGCUGACUGGAGAGACAUCUGCACAGCUAGGAAAUGUGACGUGUGUUGAAUGUGGUGGAGCCAAAUUAGGUUUGUCGGAAACCACAAGGAUCAAAGAAGAUUCAGUCUCGCCCGGGGAAGUGGACCUCCCAGAGAUGGAUGGUGAUGCACCCACAGGCCAUGUAGAGUUUUCUCCUGCUCAUAGUGACGAUGGAUCCGUCUCGUGCGAAGAAAUCAGUCUCCCAGGCACCGACACUUAUACACAGACAGAACACACACCAUACACAUCUGCUUAUGUCAAGGAGGAAUCCGUUUCCGGUGAAGAAGGAGACUUCACGGACACCGACAUUUACUCACCCCCAGAUCCUGCACGGUUUCUGGCUCACAUUAAGGAGGAAUCGAUCUCCAGUGAAGAAGGAGACCUCACAGACACCGACCUUUAUACACCCACCGAGCAAGCAGAGUAUCCCUCUCUCCACCACGCAGCCGACACCGCAGACAGGACGAGCGACUGCUCGGAGAGUCAGAACUAUGUCAUCAACAGCAUAGAACACCACAAAGACGAUGAUGACGGUCAGGAAGAGCCACACUCCAUCAUAUGCUCGGAGUGCGGAGAGUGCUUCUCAUCCGACUCCAUGCUUGUCCUGCACCAGGGGAUCCACACCGGGAAGAAAAUCUACUCCUGCCCAGACUGCGGCAUGUGCUUCAGCAAUAGCACCUACCUCAGCGUUCACCUGAAGACCCACACCGGGACCAAGCAGUUCGCCUGCAUGGAGUGCGGGAAGCGCUUCGCCAACGACGCCGACUGCCUCAAGCACCAGAACGCCCACACAGUCAGGAAGCCGUACAUUUGCAACGUGUGCGGCAAGUAUUUUUCCAACAACUCCAACCGCGUCCGGCACCAGAAAAUCCACACGGAUGAGAAGCCGUUCUCCUGCUCCGAGUGCGGGAAGAGCUUCAGGCGGAAAACGCACCUCACUAUACACAGCCGGAUCCACACGGGAGAAAAGCCCUUUAACUGCCCCGAGUGCGGGAAAUGUUUUAGCUGUAGCGCACACCUCACCGCGCAUCGCCGGAUUCACCGGAGGGAAGCCAUUUUCUUGCUCUGAGACGUGGGGUCUGGAUCAGUUCUAGCGCACAUCUUGCCGCCUAGGAGAGAAACCAACUCCUGGAGGCAGGGCCCGUACGCCCACAGUUCCUGUACGCCCGUAUUUGUGAGUGUGGCGGCUACACGUCAGAAAGCUCACAGCUGAGAGAUGUUGUUUGCGUGUUCUGUUUGUGUGAGUUUUACAAGUCAUCGCUCAUAGCAAACUACAUAACUGGGACAAUGCGAUACGAUUCUUUAACUGUACGGGAGCAAGUUUAGUUCAGACGAACGGUGUAACGAGCCAGCUGAGGGCCUGAGUGGACAGAGCUGCCACGGCACUGUUUCCCCAUGCCAUCGUAGGCAACAGUUUUUGACCUAAACUCGCUAGCUGUACAUGUGGGUAUGCUCUUAAGUAGACAGGACACAACUCCAUGAAGAACCCAGGCCUCACAGAGCAUGUCUCGCCGGUUUAUAUGAAUGAAGAUAAGGCUGAUUGAAAAUUUGCCCACUUUUCUGACUUUAGUCAUUGCGUGUGAUCCAGCAACUCCUAUUCAUUCAUUGAACAUGGAAGCGUGUGACUGGACAAACCCGUCUCUGUAUGAAGCCGCGGAGUGACCGGUUUCAUCCGCAGUGGAAGGGGGAUGGGCGUAUAUUUGUUGUGUGUUCAGUGGCGCAGUAUCAUGUGUAUAUAUUUAAUGUUGUGCAGGGCUGGAGAAUGACCAAGAUGGCCACUUCUUAGACAAUGACAUCACUCGGAAGCCUCCGUGAGGACCUGCUAAAGAGUAGUUGGCUAACAUAAUUCGCAGUACAUCUUCUUUCUGCUUUAAGUAAUGGCUUCAUCUCUGUUUCAGCUCCUCCUAAGUUAUCGGCAAAAGGGCCGCAUUCCCAUUGAGCCAGUCACAUACAACCGAUACACCCACAUACUUAAUUGCGUGGAGACAUUUUUGCAGGGGAGAGACUGAAAUGAAUGAUGGAGUAAUAGAUUCUGUAGGUGAUACGGCCGCGGGAGGCACCAUUGUAGUCAUUUCUUUGUGCUGCUGCUUUUUAUUAAAUGUAUUUUCGUCCCUUUUUCAA